UUCUAGCACUGAAAACAAACAAGGAAAAUGGAUCCCUUGUUUUGGCCACUGGAAACUAUCAGCUUUCAACGGUUCACUCCCGAGUCCUUGGCAGCAAUUGAGAAAAAAAUUGCUGAGAAAAAAGAGAAGCGAGCCAAACUUAAGCAGGAAAAUACUGACCAAGAAGUUGAAGAGGAUAAAGUGACUCCUCAGCUUGAUCUGAAAACCUAUAAAAAACUGCCAUCUCUCUAUGGUGAUGUUCCUGUGGAGCUUAUUGGGGAACCCCUGGAAGAUUUGGAUCCAUACUACAGUGACCACAGGACUUUCAUGGUGAUCAAUAAAAGACGGACUAUUUUCCGGUUUACUGCCACACCUGCCUUGUGUAUACUUGGUCCUUUUAAUCCAAUCAGAAAAGCAGCAAUUAAAGUUCUGAUCCAUUCAUUAUUUGUUGGCUUUAUUACAUUGACUGUGAUACUCAACUGUGCUUCCAUGGCUAUAAAUAAACCUCCACCAGAGAUGAAUACGAUUGAAAACAUCUUUACUGCCAUAUACACUGGUGAAAUAUUGAUAAAAGUAUUAGCAAGAGGAUUGGUUUGGAAUGAGUUUACCUUUCUUCGAGAUCCAUGGAACAUUCUGGAUUUUGCUGUUCUUGUGGCGACGUAUGUUAGUAUCUUUAAAACAUCAGGCAAUGUUUCAGCUCUUCGGACUUUCAGAGUACUGAGGACUUUGAAGGCUAUUUCAGUAAUACCGGGUCUGAAAGUCAUCGUGAACUCACUUAUUGAAUCUGUUAAGAAACUUACUGAUGUGUUGAUCUUGACUGUUUUUUGCUUGAGUAUAUUUGCUCUAAUAGGCCUGCAGCUUUUUAUGGGCAAUUUAAAAUACAAGUGCAUACUCACAAAUACUCCAUACAAUGACACAUUUUGUAAGGAUGCCAAGAUAUAUAAUGCAAGUGAAACAGAUAUCUGUGCCAGAAUGAAUGGAACUUCUGACAUACUGCUCUGUGGUUACAAUGGGAAUUCUACAGAUGAGUGCCCUGAAAACUACACAUGUUUGAAACAUGGGAACAAUCCUGACUUUGGCUACACAAGUUUUGAUCAUUUUGGCUGGGCCUUCCUUUCUUUGUUCCGUCUGAUGACACAGGAUUCCUGGGAGCGUCUGUACAGACAAACAAUCCGUUCAUCUGGGAAGAGCUACAUUUUAUUUUUUAUAGCUGUCAUCUUUUUAUGCUCAUUUUAUCUCUUCAACCUGAUAUUGGCUGUAGUAACGAUGGCAUAUGAAGAGCAGAACAGAGCUACUCUUGCUGAAACACAGGCAAAGGAAAAAUUACUUCAGGAUGCUAAGAAAAUUUUAGAGAAAGAACAGAUGUUGUCUUCUGGAGAGAGUAAUAAAGCCUCCCAUGUUGAAUCUGAAAUGUCAGUUGCUGGCUUAGGAAAAUCACAAGAAAAAGAGAUGGGUGGAGAAAAGCCUGUUUCAAGACAAAGUUUAAUUGUGGGUGAUCAAAAUAAUGAAGAAAGUAUGUUUCGUUCACAGCCUGAUCAUUGCCACAAGAAGCUGAGGCAGAUCCUAUUGUCUUAUGAGUUGUCAAUGGACUCUAUUAAUGAUCCCUAUCGGAGACAGAGGUUGAUGAGUGCAGCCACUGUUAUUACAGAUAACAUGAAGAAGCAAAAUUCGAAGGCGAGAUUCGCUUCAGUUUGGAAACGUCUUGGUCAGAAGUAUCUGAUUUGGAACUGUUGCCCAUUCUGGAGAGCAGUCAAAGGGAAGGUGCAAUUGAUAGCUUUGGAUCCACUUGUCGAUUUCAUAAUCAUGAUUUCCAUUAUAGUGAACACUUUUUUCAUGGCUCUGGAACACCCAGGCAUGUAUGCUUCUGAAAAAAGAUUGAUUUGUAUAAGUGACAAGGUUUUCACCGUGAUUUUUACAGCAGAAAUGGUCUUGAAAAUCAUCGCCCUAGAUCCAUACUACUACUUUCAGCAAAAAUGGAAUAUUUUUGAUAGUAUAGUUGUGAUGAUUGGCCUAAUAAGCUUUCAUGAAAAUCUGACAUUUUUCAGGCUGCUCAGGAUCUUCAAAUUGGCAAAGAUGUGGCCAGCCUUAAAUACUCUUAUGAAAAUAAUUCUAAACUCAGUUGGUGCACUGGGUAACCUCACUCUGGUUUUGAUUAUCACUGUAUUUAUUUUUGCUGUAGUAGGAAAGCAGGUUCUGGGCAAAUGUUACGAUGCUAACUUCCAUAAAAUAAGUACUACCAAGAACUUACGCUGGCAUAUGAAGGAUUUUUAUCAUUCAUUCCUGGUCAUAUUUCGAAUACUAUGUGGAGAAUGGAUUGAAACCAUGUGGGAAUGUAUGGAAGUGGCUGGACAAGCGCUGUGUCUUCCCAUUUUCUUGCUAGUCCUGGUGAUAGGAAACUUAGUGGUGCUCAACCUAUUCAUUGCCCUGCUGCUGAGUUCUUUCAAUACUGACUCCUCACUGGGACAAGGGGAAGCUGAAAAACAGAGUAAAUGUGAGAUUGCCAUUGCACGGAUUCGUAAGGGCCUACAGUCUGUGAAAUUGAGAAUUUUGGAUAAAUGUGGCAAAACGAUGGAACGAAGCAACAAAACAACAGCCAAGAAGAAGACUUUGGUGAAAAGUUCUUUCAAAGACUUAGAGAAAAAUAACUAUGCUAUGACAGAUGUCGGAAAGGAUAUGGACAACAGUUGCUUUGACAUUGGAUGUUAUAAUGAAGAGAGUUCUUCAGUAGAAAGGAAAUAUGAAGACUCUUUAAACUACCAUAGUAGCCACAUUCCCCUUGCAGUACCAGAAACUUAUACCGAUGAAGGUGAUGAUGAGCAGUGUGUAUACACAGAAAGAGAAUACAGAAAAUGGGAAGACAGGUUGAGACACAGAGAACAAUGCCGAAACUCAAGUCGUCUGAGUGAGAUUUCUUGGACUUCAGAAAUGUACAAAAAGAAAGAGCAAGAAGAGGGAUUUGAUGUUGGUAGCUAUUCUGAAGCCAGCACUGUGGACCCAGUCACUCUUAUAGAGCUGUAUCCCCUGCCUAAAAAAACACAUGUACCUAAGGACUGUUGCACAGAAAGUUGUGUCAAACGUUUUCCUUGCUGCAGUGUGGAUAUCACUAAGUUUCCAGGCAGCACUUGGUGGAAAUUUAGAAAAACCUGCUACAAAAUUGUCAAACAUAGCUGGUUUGAAAAUUUUAUCAUUUUUAUAAUAGUAUUGAGCAGUGCAGCACUGGCAUUUGAAGAUAUUCACCUUGAGGAAAGAAAAACAAUUAAAAAGCUCCUCGAGUAUGCUGACAUAGUAUUCACUUACAUCUUUAUUAUGGAGAUGCUUCUGAAAUGGGUAGCUUAUGGUUUGCACAGUUAUUUCACAAAUACAUGGUGUUGGCUUGACUUCAUCAUUGUGUGUCUUUCUUGUGUUUCCUGGGGACUAAGAAAAAAUUCACAACAAAGUUCACAGUGUUCCUCUGAGAGUGCCCUGAAGUCUCUCAGGACGCUCCGAGCACUGCGGCCUCUCCGAGCUUUGUCAAGAUUUGAAGGGAUAAAGGUUGUUGUGAAUGCACUUUUGGGAGCUAUCCCCUCGAUCCUGAACGUUUUACUCGUCUGUGUUGUCUUCUGGCUCCUGUUUAACAUUGUAGGAGUAAAACUACUUGGACAAAAAUUUUGGAAAUGCGUGCUUGAGGCAGGAGAGAACAUUAAAAUUCACAACAAAAGUGACUGUAAUAGCUAUGGUGGGAAAUGGACAAAUAGUGAUGUAAAUUUUGAUCAUGUUGGGAUGGGAUACUUGGCUCUUCUCCAAGUGGCAACUUUUAAAGGCUGGAUGGACAUCAUGUAUGCAGCAGUGGAUGCACGUGAGGUAGAUCAAGAGCCAGAAUUUGAGGCAUUCUUACCUAUGUAUUUUUACUUUGUGAUUUUCAUUAUUUUUGGAUCUUUCUUCAUGCUGAAUCUCUUCAUUGGAGUGGUUAUCAGCAACUUUAACCAACAAAGGAAAAAGAUAAGUGGAAAAGAUCUCUUUUUGACUGAGGAACAGAAAAAGUACUAUAAUGCCCUAAAAAAACUCGGAUCCAAGAAACCCCAAAAACCCAUCCCAAGACCAUUGAAUGCAUUUCAAGGAUUUUUUUUUGAUAUAGUGUCACACAAAGCAUUUGACAUUACUGUAGUGACUCUCAUCUGUCUAAAUAUGGUUGUGAUGAUGGCAGAAAGUGACAAUGGAAAUAUCAGGGAUGUUCUUAAAAAGAUCAACUACUUCUUUGUGGCAGUAUUUACUGCGGAAUGCGUCAUAAAAAUAAUAGCCUUGAGACAUUACUUCUUCACCGUUGGCUGGAACAUAUUUGAUUUUAUUGUUGUGGUCCUUUCACUAGUUAGUAUUGCACUUGCUGAAGUCUUUUCAAAGUUCUUCUCUCCUACGCUUCUGAGAAUUAUUCGUUUGGCACGAAUUGGCCGCAUCCUGAGAUUAGUUAAAAGAGCUAAAGGAAUUCGAACUCUUCUUUUUGCUUUAUUGAUGUCUCUUCCAUCUCUGUUCAACAUUGGCCUCUUGCUAUUUCUGGUUAUGUUCAUUUAUGCUAUUGUGGGCAUGACAAAUUUUGCCUGUCUUGCCUGGGAGGGUGGGAUCGAUAACCUUUUCAACUUCCAAACUUUUGAUAGCAGCAUACUCUGUCUCUUCCAAAUUACAACAUCAGCUGGCUGGGAUGGCCUCUUGAGUCCAGUGUUAAAGGAAUCCAAAACUUGUGCUCCCAACAUAGCAGAUAAGAACAGCACUACUUGCAAAAAUAAAGUGGUUGGUAUUACAUUUUUUGUAAGCUAUGUCAUCAUAUCCUUUCUUAUUGUUGUAAAUAUGUACAUAGCUGUCAUUUUAGAGAAUUUCAGUGUUGCCACUGAAGAAAGUGCAGAUCCUCUUUCUGAGGAUGACUUUGAUAUGUUUUAUGAAACCUGGGGGAAUUUCGAUCCUCAGGCAACACAGUUUAUUGAAUACUCUGCACUUUCAGACUUUGCAGACGCUCUGGCAGAACCCUUACGCAUUCCAAAGCCAAAUACAAUUCAGCUCAUAUCCAUGGACCUCCCAAUGGUGAGUGGAGAUAAGAUUCACUGCUUGGAUAUCUUGCUUGCCUUCACUAAAAGGGUUUUAGGAGAAUCUGGGAAUUUUGAGGGUCUUGAAUUACACAUGGAAGAAAAAUUUAUGGCUGCCAAUCCAUCUAAGGUUCCCUACAAGCCAAUUACUACUACACUUAAAAGAAAGCAAGAGGAGGUGUCAGCGCUCGUUAUUCAGAGGGCCUUCAGGAGGCAUUUGCUGCAACGUUCUCUGAAACAUCAGCCUUUCUUACACUGUCGUAGACGUUAUAACAGUGCAGUCUGCGCCGAUGAGAUACAUGAGAAAGAUGGUCUGAUUGCAUCAAUGCUGAGUGAAAAUUACGGGAGGAAGCUAGAUAAAUCACAAACUACAUCUUCCAUCUCCCUCCCGUUAUUUUACGAUGGUAUUGCUGGAACAGAUACUAAUAAGGUGGGCACAUAGUUUGUCCCAAGCUGCAACAUUUGUGAUAAAACUGAUGAUAGCUGUGCUUUGGCAAAGAAAACUUUUUGCUCCCAGAGCAUGAUAUUCUAAAUGUAAAGAGAUUAUAAUAUCUAUUAAGUAUUGUAAUUAUUCUGUUUUGCAAAUGCUCCUUAAAUAAGAUUGGCACAAAUAUGUGAUAAAAAUUAGAUGAAACUCAAACUAUGGAUUUUUUUUUUUUUUAAUCAGCUGCUGGAGCUCCUGAGUUAAUUUUUACUUCUGUCAUUUUUUUCUUUUUUAUUCCUUCAUAUUUCUGGUUUUAUGGAAAAAAUCUGUGCAAGAUGAGCUGUAAUGUGAUCAGCAGGCACACAGGGCUGUAGAACAAUGUGUAUCUCCUCAGAGAGAAUGCCUGGAUUGAAAGCUUGCUUGUUGUAACAAAAUGAAAUAAUUACUGCAUUAUCUGUGAAGGCACUCAUUCAGGAUGCUUAAAUAUAAUCAUCCACUAAUUUGUAGGUUGUCUGAGACCAUCUUCCUCCUGGUUCCUUUGGGAGUAUUUACACUGAAGGAUUCUUGAGAUGUCUUUACACGUGCAACUAAGUGGAUUUAGCAAAUGAUCCUCCAAUGGCUGUGCUUGAAAGUUUUAUGUAAUGUGUUCUUUGUAUCAUUCAAUGCAGGAAAACUGGUGAUGACAAUGUUUGAAAAAUCAAAGGGGAUUGUAUAAGAGCCAUUGUUUCAUGAAAAUCUUAAAAAUUACUGUACCUAAAGUACCUAAGUAUAAAUACUUACUGGCUCUGAAAAAAAAAAAAAAA